AAUAUAUUUUAAAAACAAACCAACGAUGUAAUUGAAACCAUCAAUUGCACGCAGGUUUCUCUAGUAAAUCAAAACUGAAGUAUUUUUUGUAAUUAAAACUUCAACAUUGUAGUAAACUUCAACAUGUGGCAAUCAUUCUCAAUACGGCACAUGGCAACAGCCAUUAAAACAGUGAAACCCAAAGUUAAAUCAAAUGCUGCAAAGGAACGUGCGAUCAAAAGUUUAAAUUUUGAAAACAAGUCCCUCUUUGGAGCAGUUAUUAAGGACAAAAACUCCCAUAUCGCCGAAACAUCAGCAAUUUCAUGCGAUCCAAAGGCUUCAGAGAUGUACUGGUUAAUGCAGAGAAGAAAUGUUGAGAAGAAACUCCUCAAGCUAAACUGUGUUGAACAAACGUCUUCCGCGGCAAUACAUCCGAUUCCGUUCAAUGAUAACGAAUUGAAAUCCAUACUGAAAUUCCCCAUUGCACCAUCUGAAAACGGGACACUGGAACAAAGCUGGACCCGCCAUGAGCAAUAUGAGAAUGAGCAUUGUAGAUCUCCGUCGGUGAAUAAAAUUCUGGGUGCGACCAUGCCAGAGGCCUCGAGGCAAGCGCUUCUCAGAUGGAAGGAUUCCAAAAUUGCACUUCUAGGGGAGGACGGAUUUGCUGAAUUUCAAAAGGCAACCUUCGAGCGCGGCAGUAAUAUGCACUCAUGCCUGGAGCUGUGGUGCAGCCAACAGUCUUUGGACGAAGGAAAACUUGAAAAGGCGGGAAAAUUGUGGAACAGCAUCCAGGAUUCGCUCACACAAAUUGAAAGACCAGCUAGAGUAUUCGAGAGGAAGAUUUACCAUCCGUUUUUGCACUAUAACGGAGUUGUGGAUUGUGUAGCCACUAUCGACAAAAAGCUACAUAUCAUCGAGUGGAAGACCUCAGAGAACCAAAAACCCACCAUUGGGUCAACAUAUGAUGCACCCAUUCAGUUAUGUGCCUAUUUGGGAGCUUUGAAGGCAGAUCCUGCAUUUGGUGAACUGAAUGUUGAUGGAGGAGCGGUGUUCGUUGCUUACACUAACGGUUCUCCAGCACACGUUCAUAUAAUGAAUCCGGUUAAGCUGAAACAAUAUUGGACGAUUUGGACUCAGCGAUUGCACGAGUAUUGGGUGCGAUACCGUGACAACACUCUACCUGAACCAAUUUGAGAUUAAAUUAUCUUUCUUUUUUGUUAAA